AUGAGUGGCUGGAGCUCUUUGAGCUCUGCGGCGCCGCAAUCUAGCAACAGCGACAGCAGCGACAGCGGCCCUGGUAGUGAGCGCUCUAUAGUGUGUCUGUGUCAGGCGGCGGUGAUCAUCGAAGAGAGCGGACGAGCAACGGUGGACGAGGCAGAGUUGAAAGAGAAAACCGGGCAUCAGAAUAAGGAGGGAGAGGCGAGUCGGAAGUGGAUUGUGGGAGGUCUUAGUCGUGUAUCAAGUUUCGCAUGGGGUAUGGCGCGAGCCGGGGUGGGUUGA